UUUGUCAUUUGACGUAUGUCAGCUGACCAUUUGCGAACUCUACCUAAGCAAACGUAGUUUAUUGAUCAAAAAGUUAAAAAUGGCUUUACAUUCAGCAAGAGGAAAACUUAUAUCUGUAAUUGGUGAUGAAGACACCUGUGUGGGUUUUCUUCUGGGUGGAGUUGGUGAAAUCAACAAGAAUCGCCACCCCAAUUUCAUGGUCGUCGACAAGAAUACACCAGUAAGUGAAGUCGAAGAUUGCUUCAGGCGUUUCGUAAAGCGUGAUGAUAUCGAUAUUAUUUUGAUCAAUCAAAACUGCGCUGAACUCAUUCGUCACGUGAUUGACGCACAUACAUCACCAGUGCCCGCUGUACUGGAAAUCCCAUCAAAGGACCAUCCAUACGAUGCUAGCAAAGAUUCAAUUCUACGUCGCGCAAGAGGCAUGUUCAAUCCUGAAGAUUUGGUUUAAAUUAUUAGAUAAAAUGUAUAAAAAUAUUUAUAAUUGAAAACUUUUCAUUCACAACCCCAGUAUUUCAAACUUUUCCGUUUUCAUUGAAUAUGUUGUAAGCUCUUGUGAUUAUAUUGAAUGCAAUAAAAUAUGUUGGCCGACUAAUUGAAA